AUGGCUCUCACCGACGCAGACGUCCAGAAGCAGAUCAAGCACAUGAUGGCCUUCAUUGAGCAAGAAGCUGCAGAAAAAGUGGAAGAAAUUGAUGCUAAGGCAGAAGAAGAGUUCAAUAUAGAGAAAGGGCGCCUUGUGCAGACGCAGAGAGUUAAAAUAAUGGAAUACUAUGAGAAGAAGGAAAAGCAUAUAGAGCAGCAUAAGAAAAUCCAGAUGUCCCAUCUUUUGAACGAAGCCAGACUGAAGGUUCUGAAGGCCCGGGAUGACAUAGUCAUGGAUUUGUUGAAAGAAGCCCAAUACAGACUUGCACACAUUGCCAAGGAUCCGGAUAACUACUCAAUUUUACUACAAGGUCUCCUGUUGCAGGGAUUCUAUCAACUUCUAGAAUCUAAAGUAACUGUUCGCUGUCGCCAGCAGGAUGUAGAGAUGGUUCAGGCUGCCAUUGACAAAGUCAUUCCUAUUUACAAAGAGUCAGUGAAAAUCAAACUUGUUGUCAAAAUUGACAUGGAGCGUUUUCUUCCAUCUGAUGUUUGUGGGGGAGUUGAAGUCUACAAUGACAAUGGGAAGAUCAAGGUCACUAAUACAUUAGAAAGAAGACUGGAACUGAUAACACAGCAGAUAAUGCCUGAAAUAAGAGUGGCGUUGUUUGGAGCAAACCCCAACCGAAAGUUUGUGGAUUAA